GGGACCUAUAGCACACCUUGAUUCCGGCGCUCCUGCAUUUGCCGACGGCGUCGGGCACAGCGGCGCGAGGGGGGUCGAUCAUGGACAUCAGGCCGAUGAAGCACAGGUUCUCGGUGGGGAAGUUCACCUCUUCCAUGUCAAAUGCGAAACCCUCGGGGAACUGGUCGUCGGGCAGGUUGAAGUGGCAGAAGCCCAGGACUCUCUCGCCGAGGCCUCCCAGCUCGAGAUGGUGGAGGUGGAGCCCAGGGUCUCCACGGCCUCCAGGUUCUUCACCAGGCAGUUCUUCUUGGCCAUCCGCUUGGCGGUCAGGGUCAGGCACACCUGGGGACGGGGUCACCCGGGGGAGCCAAGUCAGGAGACUCACGGUGACGGUGGCCAGGAGACCCUCCGGCACGUUGGCGACGAUGAUGCCGAUCAGGAAGAUGACGGCCUCCAGC